CCGCGCUUCCCCCGCGGAGCCGUCGGAGGACGAGGCCUGAGGCGGGCGCGCCGCCGGGCCGAGGCGCGCCACGCGACACGCGCCACGCGACGGAUAAAGGAGCAUUGCCAAAAUGUCUGACAGUGAGGACAGCAACUUCUCUGAAGAUGAAAGCGAGCGCAGCAGUGAAGCGGAGGAAGCCGAGGAGAAUGAGGCCGAAGAGCGUGUCAGUGUUGUAGGCAGCGAGAAAGAAGAAGUGGAAGAAGAGGAGGAGGAGGAGGAGGAGGAAGAAUAUGAUGAGGAGGAGGAGGAGGAGGAUGACGAUCGUCCUGCCAAGAAACCCAGACACGGAGGCUUUAUUUUGGAUGAAGCUGAUGUGGAUGAUGAGUAUGAAGAUGAAGAUCAGUGGGAGGAUGGUGCAGAGGACAUCCUGGAGAAAGAAGAACUUGAAGCGUCCAACAUCGACAAUGUGGUUUUGGAUGAGGAUCAUUCCGGGGCGCGGAGGCUGCAGAACUUGUGGAGGGACCAACGAGAGGAGGAACUGGGCGAGUAUUACAUGAAGAAGUAUGCCAAGUCCUCGGUGGGGGAGACGGUGUACGGUGGCUCCGACGAGCUCUCUGACGACAUCACGCAGCAGCAGCUGUUGCCGGGAGUCAAGGACCCCAACCUGUGGACUGUGAAAUGCAAGAUCGGAGAGGAACGCGCAACGGCCAUUGCCCUGAUGAGGAAGUUCAUCGCCUAUCAGUUCACUGACACGCCCUUGCAGAUCAAGUCGGUGGUGGCCCCCGAGCACGUGAAAGGCUACAUCUACGUGGAGGCUUACAAGCAGACUCAUGUGAAGCAGGCCAUCGAAGGGGUGGGCAACCUCCGGAUGGGAUACUGGAACCAGCAGAUGGUGCCCAUCAAGGAGAUGACGGACGUGUUGAAGGUGGUGAAGGAGGUGACCAACCUGAAGCCCAAGUCCUGGGUCCGCCUCAAGCGGGGGAUUUACAAGGACGACAUCGCUCAGGUGGACUACGUGGAGCCAAGCCAGAACCAGAUCUCCCUCAAGAUGAUUCCGCGCAUUGAUUUUGACCGCAUCAAAGCCCGCAUGAGUCUGAAAGACUGGUUUGCAAAACGGAAGAAGUUCAAGCGUCCCCCGCAGCGCCUCUUCGAUGCCGAGAAGAUCAGGUCUUUGGGUGGUGACGUGGCCUCCGACGGGGAUUUCCUCAUCUUUGAAGGGAAUCGCUACAGCCGGAAAGGGUUCCUCUUCAAGAGCUUUGCGAUGUCUGCUGUGAUCACGGAAGGAGUGAAGCCCACUCUCUCUGAGCUGGAGAAGUUUGAAGACCAGCCGGAAGGCAUCGACCUGGAGGUGGUGACCGAAAGCACAGGGAAGGAACGCGAGCACAACUUCCAGCCUGGGGACAAUGUGGAGGUGUGUGAAGGGGAGCUGAUCAACCUGCAGGGCAAGAUCCUGAGCGUGGACGGUAACAAGAUCACCAUCAUGCCGAAGCACGAAGACCUCAAGGACAUGCUGGAGUUCCCGGCCCAGGAGCUGCGCAAGUACUUCAAAAUGGGGGACCACGUGAAGGUGAUCGCUGGGCGCUUCGAGGGCGACACGGGCCUGAUCGUGCGCGUGGAGGAGAACUUCGUCAUCCUCUUCUCCGACCUCACGAUGCACGAGCUCAAAGUCCUCCCCCGGGACCUCCAGCUCUGCUCGGAGACGGCCUCUGGCGUGGACGUGGGUGGGCAACACGAGUGGGGAGAGCUGGUACAGCUGGACCCCCAGAAGGUUGGAGUCAUCGUCCGCCUGGAGCGGGAGACUUUCCAGGUCCUCAACAUGCACGGGAAAGUGGUGACCGUCAGGCACCAGGCGGUGAACCGGAAGAAGGACAACCGGUUUGCCGUGGCCCUCGACUCGGAGCAGAACAACAUCCACGUGAAGGACAUCGUGAAAGUCAUCGACGGGCCGCACUCGGGCCGGGAAGGCGAGAUCCGUCACCUGUACAGGGGCUCCGCUUUCCUGCAUUGCAAGAAGCUGGUAGAGAACGGGGGCAUGUUUGUGUGCAAGACUCGCCAUUUGGUCCUGGCCGGAGGCUCGAAGCCGCGGGACGUCAAGGACUUCACCAUUGGCGACGCGCCACCCAUGAGCCCGCGCAUCAACAGUCCCAUGCACCCCAGUGCGGGAGACCAGAUGGGCGGCUUCGGCGGCGGCGGAAUGAGCCACGGUCGUGGGCGCAGGGACAACGACCUUAUCGGGCAAACCGUGCGGAUUUCCCAAGGGCCCUACAAAGGUUACAUCGGGGUGGUGAAGGAUGCCACGGAGUCCACCGCCCGCGUGGAGCUGCACUCCACCUGCCAGACCAUCUCGGUGGACCGGCAGCGCCUCACCACAGUUGGCUCAAGAAGACCAGGCGGCAUGACCACCUACGAGCGGACCCCCAUGUACGGCUCCCAGACCCCCAUGUACGGCUCAGGAUCGCGCACGCCCAUGUACGGCUCCCAGACGCCGCUGCAUGAUGGCAACCGGACUCCUCACUACGGCUCCCAGACACCGCUGCACGAUGGCAGCCGGACGCCUGCGCAGAGUGGAGCAUGGGACCCCAGCAACCCCAACACACCCUCCAGGGCAGAGGAGGAGUUCGACUACGGCUUUGACGACGAGCCCACCCCUUCUCCACAAGGCUAUGGCGGAACCCCCAACCCACAGACCCCUGGCUAUCCCGACCCGUCUUCCCCGCAGGUCAACCCUCCGUACAACCCUCAGACGCCCGGCACCCCGGCAAUGUACAACACGGACCAGUUUUCGCCGUAUGCGGUCCCAUCCCCCCAAGGCUCCUACCAGCCGAGCCCGAGUCCCCAGAGCUUCCAUCAGGUGGCACCCAGUCCGGUGGGCUACCAGAACACCCACUCGCCGGCCAGCUACCACCCGACACCGUCGCCAAUGGCAUACCAGGCUAGUCCCAGCCCCAGCCCAGUGGGCUACAGUCCGAUGACCCCAGGCGCUCCUUCUCCGGGAGGCUACAACCCGCACACCCCGGGCUCGGGCAUCGAGCAGAGCUCCAGCGACUGGGUCACCACCGACAUCCAGGUCCAAGUGCGUGACACUUACUUGGACAGCCAGGUCGUGGGGCAGACAGGAGUCAUCCGCAGCGUGACGGGUGGGAUGUGCUCAGUCUACCUUAAGGACAGUGAGAAGGUGGUCAGUAUUUCCAGUGAACACCUGGAGCCUGUUACCCCAACCAAGAGCAAUAAGGUGAAGGUCAUCCUGGGAGAAGACAGGGAGGCUACCGGUGUUCUGUUGAGCAUCGAUGGAGAAGAUGGCAUUGUCCGCAUGGACUUGGAAGAGCAACUCAAGAUCCUUAAUCUGCGCUUCCUUGGCAAGCUGCUGGAGGCCGAGAGCGAUGGAGAAUAGUUUGUGCGUGAUAUGCGUAGCUUUCGUAGCACACUGCCUGCAGACCGCUGCAGAAUGUCUCUGUACAGAUUUGCUCCCGAGGAUAUUUUAUUUUUGUGUGUGCGUGUCUGCGUGCUGCCUGCUCACUUCCCCAGCCUGGCAGGGGCCUUUACUCUUUUGAGGGUGGAGGACUACCUUGCCAUUGAGCAUAAACUGACUUCAGCAGAAGACAUGCAGGGAAUGGAAUGCAUUCUCUCUCCCUCUGUAGCACCUUAUGCCCCCUCCCAGCACCAGAACAUCCAGCCUGUAGCUUGUUUUAAUAAAACCUUUCCAUAUACCCCCUC